AUGGCAACAGUGAAAGACGAGAAAUAUUCACCUCAGUCGCUAGAGUGCCCCAUCUGCAAGAAUAUUUUCAACGACCCAAAGAUCUUAUCAUGUCUUCACUCGUUUUGUCGCAAGUGCCUGGAGAGCUACGAUGUGAUCGGCGCGGGCACCAACUCAAUCGUUUGUCCCCUCUGUCGAAAGCUGACUGCAAUUCCAGUGGGGGGAGCCCAGAUUCUACCCAGCAACUUUCUGCUGACAAACGCACUGGAUCACUUGUCCGUAAAAUCAAGCAAGGAGUAUACACUACACUGCACAAACUGCGAGGACGAGGCAGCAGCAACGUCUCGAUGCUUGGAUUGCGCCGAGUUUCUGUGCUCGAACUGCGUUUUGGCUCACCGACGAAUACGAGUAACCAAGGACCAUCGUAUCCUGUCGCUUGACACGCUUCAGGCCGAUAAACAGACGCUUCAUCGUCCGUCUUUCUGUACUCAGCACGCAGACGAGAUGUUCAUGUUUUAUUGCGUGCCCUGUGACUGCUUGAUCUGCCGCGAAUGCACGAUUCUUGACCAUCGUGGACAUAAGUAUGCAGGUAAGGCCUUAAAAGCAAGAAUAGUCAAACUUUGCAGAAGCGUAUAUAGCGCGUAAAGAUCAGGUACUUAAGAUAUCGAUAUGGUUUCGAAUGUAGCCGCUAAGCGUACGAGUACCAUUGAUGAAAAAGAUCAAUAAAACACUACGUAAUUCUCUGUCACAGCUAACAGGACCCCGCCAAUGAAAAAAGAUGAGACUGGUGGUUAGGUAAGAGCGAUAAUUUUUCCUAUUGCUGGCCGAUACAGUAAAAUUCAAAGGCGUAAAAUUCCAACUUUACAAAAUGUUAUCCUUCAUCUCCGUUUGGCACUGAUUUUUCAGCUUGCAUGGCCCUGCGCGAGUAGAGAUCCAGUGGAAAGAGACUUCAACUGAGUGAUCUGCUCUCACUAGCUGUCCAUACAGUGAACCGUCAUUUUUUCAGCAAAAGCAUUUUUCUCUUAUUACCGCACAAAAUACUAAGCUGGUUUCAAGGAGCGAACAAAACACAAACACUAAGCUUGCUUUGAGACAAGGUAAUGAUAAUAGCAUUGCAAACUAUGAAGAAUAAUGCAUUUUUUGGGGAGCAAAUUUGCAAAGACUGGGAAAAAAAUGAUAAAGCUUGUCAUGCACUUUUCUACGAUGGUUUGUUGUCAAAUGUUCAUGUAAAGAGAGAAAGCUCAAGCAGUACAGAGGCGGACCAGUUAUUAACUCUAGACUCAGGAGAGAUUCAAAAAACAAGCAAACAGAAUUUCCUCUUUUUUAACCGCUCACCACUAGAUCGUAGGUUUGCCGUUCAUGUCAAAAGGAAAUCAUGUUUAACAUUUUUUAUGAAGAGACUUGUUGUAAAAUCUAUUUAACCGCCAAAGAAAAAAAAAAUAAGAUAGAUGGGCAUUUUGGCGACUUGUGCUACGUUUCAAGACUGGAAUCUGAUUUAGGGCAUGAAGGCGCGGGAUUCGAAGUGGUUUUAAGUUAAAGCAAGCAUACUGCGACAGUCCAUACAAAGAACAAAAACACAGUAGAAUAUUCGUGAACAUAACCUUAACAGGUUCUGAAAUCAAAGUGACUUGGUUAGAUGAAAAGAGUACCUGUAAUUGGAGCAAGUGGCACAAAGCUUAAAGAAAAUAGGUGAAAAACAGGUGUGAGAUAUUGCUUUGAACGAUCACCGACGUUCUCUGUUUUGUAGACUCUGCACUUCUUUGGUUAUUUUCUUGCUAACUAAAAAUUCGCUUUCAUCACCAGAGGUGUUAUUUAGGUAACUGGUAAAUGUAAAGAAAUGGAUAACUCUGACGUUUCGAGCGAUAAUUAAGUUGUUUGAGUAAAUUUAAGGACCUCAAAGAAUUGUGGGUUGUGUGGAAUUUACUUAGUGGGGCCCCGUGAGUGGAGGAGCUUAGGGUUAGGGUUAGGAAAAUCUUUGUUGAUUUGUUAACUUAUGGCCUGCAUGGGCGUGUCACAAGUCCCCCUUGCUCCCCCGGCCUGCAACGUCGAACGUCUACCACUCAUUCUAGAGCUCGGUUAGUCUCCUUUGCAGCGACUCGGACCGGAGUCACGCAAGCUCCCCGCCCCCACGCGCUAGGGCUCAGUCCACAAGAAUGCAAACAUUUUAAAACCCCAAUCGGUGUCUCUUCUACAUGAAACCAGGGUAACCGUAUCUUUUUAAACCCCUCUCCCCAGAGGUUUUUUUUUGCAGAAGAAGCCGGAUAUUUUCGAAGUUAGUAAGGUGUGUGGUUUCAGGCCGUCCGCUUCGUGUGACGGGUCUAAGCCUUUCAUCACUCAUCCUGAGACUCUUUUUUAGGUCUAAAGGAAGCGUUAGAAGAACGAAAAGUACUCAUCGAUGACCUUCUGAAUUUCUGCAUUGAAAGAAAGAUUCCCCCGGUCCAAGAUGCCGUGCAUGAGGUCAAGGCCAUGGCCGCUAAGCUGCGCGCACGCGCAGAAGCCGUUAAAAGUGAGAUCAGUGCCACGGCGGAGGAAUGCGUCAAACGAAUCGUCAGCCGAAAGCAAGAAAUACUGGCAAGGGUAAAUUACUCAAUUACAAUGGUUCUAUAAAGAGUUAUCCUCAGGUUGUCUGUCUCGGUUUUGGAGAAUAAACAGUUAAUUAUGUUUAUUGGGUUUUCAAUUUCAAAACCACUUCUUCUUUCUUUCUUCUCGAUGUCCGGAACUCAAUAAGGGACAUUCCAUUAAAUUAUUUUGAUAUAUAUACACACCCCCUCCCCAAGAGGUGGGAUUUUUUGUGGGUAGCCUCGAAAGUUACUGCUGAGGGGGUUGCUUCGGCACCUUUAAUAUUCGGAUUAUUUCUGAGGGGUACGGAAAAAAAUCUCUUUUCUUGAAGGGCUAAAGAAAAAGGGAGGAGUUUCUAAGAGGUUGGAGGAUCUUGUCGCUAUUUUUUUUGUCUUAGGGGGUAAAAGUCGAGUUACCUCAUUUAUAGCGCCGCCGGGGGGUGUCGAAAUUAAACGGAACGGCCAUGAGUACGGUUGUUUUUUUUUUGCCUUAUUUAAGCUUCCAAAAGAACGAUCUCGAACCGUUAAUUUUCUUGCUUCUUUCAGGUCGACGCCCUAGAACAAGAAAAAGAGGCUGUACUCCGUAACCAACAGGGUCAACUCGAGACUGAACUCUUCAAGUACACGAGCUCACGUGACUUUGUAGAGAACGUUCUUCUGCAUGGAAACGAAGUGGAAAUUAUCCAGCUUCGCCAGCUGAUGCUUGAUCGCUUGGAAGAACUCAACGCUAUAAAGUUGGAUUACAAAGAACCGGAAGAAAACGAUGUUGUAGAUUACAUACUCAACAUGGAAUCAGUAGAAAAAGUCGCGACAACGAUGGGCCGCGUGACAUCUAGUGUGACGUUUAGUGCUUUGUGUAACGCUAGGGGCCUCGGUAUAAAGUCUGGAAAAGUAGGAGUGGAGUCGUCCUUUGUAGUCGAGUUGAAAGAUCGCUUUGGGAAUACAUCGGUUGAAGGCGAUCACUCUUGCCCGGUGCAAGUAAAAGUACAAGCUCCUGAGGGUUUCUUCGUCGGGAAUAAAGUCACGAAUAAUGGGGAUGGAAGCAUGAGAGUGCGUUACACUCCUGUCACGCAUGGCAAGCACCUUGUUCACGUGGCAGUCCGUGGGCGAGAGAUUGAGGGAAGCCCUUUUACCGUUAACGUAUUCGAAGGAAUCGAUUACCAAAAGGUUGGCCCGAUAUUCAUGAAGAUUGGUUCUCAGGGAACGAAGAGCGGCGAAUUCAAGCAACCGUGCUCCGUAGUAACAGACAAAGAGGGACAUAUAUACGUCACAGACUUUGUCAACUGCCGAGUUCAAAAAUUUGACGCGCUUGGAAAACAUCUCUUGGAUUUUGGGUCUCGCGGAAGCAAAGAUGGUCAGUUUCAGAAUCCUUGUGGUAUCUUGGUUGACGCUAAUGGCAUAAUCAUCGUAUCAGACUGGGAUAAUCAUCGCGUGCAACUGUUUAGUCCUGAGGGAAAAUUUAUUGGCAAGUUUGGAUCUAAAGGUAGGGUUCUUAGCGCCGGUUUUCUAUUUAAGGUGGUCGGGACAGGACACCAAACAGCGUAAGUGAAUCACGUUUGAAGCUUACCGUACUGACAACUAUUCAACCUCACUAUUACGGACGGUACAGGUGGUCUAAAGUCAUACAUUUCCCAUCACUAUAUUUCAAACACCUUGUAGUAGGCGCAACCUGGUCCCAAAAGCCCUGGUAACGAGGUUGUAGCAGGCGUUGUUUUUUUAGGGUAAAGGGAGAAAUUUCGAGGGUUCACGAGGGGAGAAAACGGAGAGGAGGCCUCCUCUUCCCUUUGCGUGUUCCCCUCGCGCGCUGUAUAAAGAACUAAUAAACAACGAACUGGCGCCUGCGAAGGAGGCUAACACAUUUAUAGUUCGGCCAACUAUUUAGCUCUCUCUCUUUUUGUGUGCAAUCAAACCUCGUUGAUACGGGCACUUAAGUUAACAACACAGGGUUUUCACUUUACAGAGGUGUCUGUAUUAUAGAUAUUAGUAUUGCAGGACUUAAUGGUAUUUAAUUUGGACAAAGAGAGAUCUUCGCGUCAUGCGUAAAGUACAAGUCUGUAGGUAGACCAAGGGAACUCUUUCUUUUCCACUGCAAAUGUAGUGUAUUGUAGGAUCAAAACGUUUACAAACAGGAUUAACAAAAACUCACUUGUAACUAAUCACUGGAUUUAUCUGACAUUUUAGGAUCCGAGGACGGCAAACUGAAUCACCCUGCUGGUUUAGCUCUGACCAAAGACGGCAACUUGCUGCUGGCCGAUAAAGACAACCACAGAAUACAAGUCUUCAAGAUGGAUGGGACCCACAUCAUGUCAUAUGGUUGUCAUGGCAACGAAGACGGUCAACUCAACAGUCCGAACCACGUGACACUAACAGACGAUAACGGUUGCCUGGUAACUGAUACUGAAAACAACCGAGUCGUAAAGUUUGACUGCAAUGGGAAAUUCGAGUUCAGUUUUGGGGGGAAAGGUAGCGAUAAUGGCCAGCUCGACCGUCCCGGGGGAAUAACUGUAGAUCCCGAGGGAUUCAUCAUAGUGAGUGAUUUUCAGAACCAUCGAAUACAGAUCUUCCAGCCGAAUGGCAGAUUUUACGCCGCUUUUGGCAGCGAAGGUGACUCAGAUGGUGAAUUCAAGUUUCCGGGGGGUGUGGCACUUACAAAGGAUGGACGAGUCAUUGUUGCCGACAGGCAUAACCACAGAGUCCAGGUCUUUUAA